AUGUGGGGCGCCGGCGCGGCACAGAACAACGGAGGUGGUGUGCAAGGCACGAUGCCGGGCGCGCAAAAUGCUGCGCCGGGCUUUGUAGGCAUGCCGAAUGCUGCGCCGUUCAACGGGAUAAUACAAGGCCCCUGGAUGGACGCCGCCGCGGGGAAUGCAGCAGGAAAUGCAAUGAUGGGGGGGCGCAUGCCGGCAAUGCAGCAAAACUAUAUGCAGGCGUCUGAGCCACGGCCCGCGCCGCCAAUAAGCGCCACGACGACGCUGCCAUCGCGCUCGUCACCGGGCGCGCACGUCCGGCCUCCAGGCACAGGUCCACGUCGUGGACGCCCGCCGCGCAAUCCACGGCCUCCUGCAUCCAGCACAGCUACGCAAACAGGCGCGGCGCCCGUACACUGGACACCCUCGCUGACUACGGAGCAGCAGCAAGCGUUAAUUGCGCGCGCCGUGCAAGUGGUCAAGACGCAGAACCAGCCCAAUUAUACCAUCAUUCACGCCUUGCUCAACAUGGGCUUUGUGCUGGUCCGGAAUAACCAGCUGCCGCCAAAUGCAGGCGUCGCGGCAAACACCAAUGGCACGCUCCUCCGACUCGACGAGGCUGCCAUGCUUGGGCUCUUGCCGCAGCACGGCGCGCGAUUCAGCGCGCAGACGGCAUGGCGCCCUGCGCCUGCGCCGUUUCCUGCGCCUGGAAUGCCGCAGCAGCCGGGCACCAGCCCGCAGAACGGUUUUCGCGCACCAGGCGUGUCUGCACGCCCGCCCAGCGCAGCGCCCACACCGGGCGUGCGCCCCGGCGUGCACCCUGAUCCCAUGGCGCACCUCCCUCUUGUUUACGGCGGCCCCCCUCCCGCGCAGUCCGCCGUCGGCAUGCCGAUCGUGCCGCAAAACACGUGGAUGACCAAGCUGCCACCGCCCACGACGAGCAAGUACCCCUGGACGCGGCUCUCGGAAAAGGCGACCUCGGAGCUGCGUGCGAUUAUGGAAAAGGAUCUGGACUAUGUAAAGAUGCGCACCGCCCAGCAAAAAGAGAUGGACGCGGAGCUCGUAGCGCGCAUCGCGAAAACCAUCCACCGCGACCCCACCACUGGCGCAGUACGUCCUGUGCCGUGGUGGGUGCGGCUGGGCGACGCGAAACUAGAGUGCCUACGCACCGAGCCUUUGCGCCUUGUCUUUCCCGCCCAGCGGCACCGCAUGCAGGAAGCGGUGCGCGCGCGCCCGUACGUGCCCAUGCAAGGUGAAGCGGUCGAGCGCGCGACCAGCGGCGUGGAAACGCUGGUCCCCAUCCGCCUCGAGCUCGAGCACGACCCGUUCAAGCUGCGCGAUACAUUCACCUGGAACGCCGCCGAAGAAGAAAGUUCUCUGGACGCGUUUGCGCACGCCAUGUGCGAGGACAUUGGCCUUCCAGCCAAGGUCUUUGUCCCGCUCAUCAAAGCGUCGGUGCAGGCGCAGGUCAGCGAGUACACCACCGCCAUGGCCCUGCAGCACCGCGAAUGCGAAAAGAGUGCGGGGCAAGGCAUGCUGGACGCGCAGCAGCAAAGUGCGUGGGCGUCGUUGCGCCACGCCGUGCUGUCUGCGCGCGAACAUUGCGCAGCGCCCGACCACGCGGCGCCCGGCGCGCAAACGCAAACGCCUGCGCCACACGACGAGCUGCGCGUGCUCAUCAAGCUGGACAUUCUCGUCGGCGCGCACAACCUCCUCGAUCAAUUCGAGUGGGACGUGUGUGCGCCCCAAGGCUUGCGCGCCGAGCAGUUUGCCGAGCAAAUCUCGGCGGACCUCGGCCUCUCGGGCGAGUUUACCACGGCGAUUGUGCAUGCGAUCCGCGAGCAGGUGGGUGGCCACUUGCGGCUGCUGUCCCUCCUUGGCUACCCCUUCAACCAGCUCGCAUCCAUGGACGAGGAAGUGCGCAGCGCGUUUCUCCCUGUGCUGCCAGGAACGGCGCGUGCGAAUACGCAGGUGCCUGCAUACACGCCGAAACUCGUCCAGCUCACGGCCACCGAAGUGACGCAGCUCGAGCGCGAGCACGAGCGCGAGCUGCGGCGCAAGCGGCGCCAGACCAAAGGGCGCCGCGGCAUCAACAUCUCCGACAAGGAUCCAAAGCGAACGAUCCGGUCUGUGCCGCUUUGGGGCCUGCAGGGCGGCAUACCCGAUGCGACGCAGGGCCAUUCAUCGCGCCGUGCUGCAACCGCAGCAGCGAGCGCAAACAUCACCCCAUACACCGAUCCGCUCGACGAGAGCGCUUAUGCGCCGAAGCGCGCCCGCACAGAGCGGUACGAUGUGCAUUUCCAGUUUCCCGGCGGUCUUGGCCCCCCCAAGGGCAGUGCUGCAAACCGCCCGCGGCUCGAGACAGGCACCAGGAAAGAGGCGGUGCAAGGAGCGGCGCCUCCGGGUGCAGCACCGCCCGGCAAGGAGCACAGAUUGCCCGGCGCGCCGCGGCCGCUUUCCGACGCGCGCCCUGCGCAAAGCGCGCUCGACGGUCCAGACAUGUCCUUCCUCCCUGAAAGCGAUUCCGAUACGGACACUGAUCCUGCUCCUGUGCUGCCGCAGCCCCCUGCGUGGCUUGAGCACGCCACACAGGUCUCGCGGCAGAAAUACCCGCACGACCGCUUCCAGAUUCAGCAGCGGCAACUACCUCAGGACGUGCCGCCGCCGUUCGAAGAGCAGUGGCGGAUCCGGUGCUUGGACUGCCCGGGCAAGGUAUACAAGCCUGGCCCCGGCGAAUCGCUGCUCAACUUUGAGAUACAUCUAAAGAACCGUAGCCACCGCGCCGCUGUAGCGCGCCGUACCGACCAAGUGUAA